AUGGAACUCUUCCAAAAUCAAUCAAAAUCUUACAAGAGUUGGGUCACCAUUGCUCAGAGUGUUGCGGAAGCUGGUUUCUGCUCAACUAUGGUUUUUUGUGGCAUUUUGAUUUUUCUAACUAUUUUUGGGGUGAAGAGAAAUUUCGGAAGCUACAAGUAUCUGCUGAUUUUGUUCCCAGCUGUUGGCAUAUUUUUUGCAACUGUAGAACUCAUUUUGUAUCCGAAUGUUCACUCGUUUAACGCUGGCUAUUUCUUCUACAGUACCCGCCGUCCGUUUGGUGUUGGAAUUGAGAUUGUGACUAUUCUUAUGGCAUUCUACACAUCCAUUUAUGCCUCAACAAUUUGCAUGUUAUCAGUUCAGUUCGUUUAUCGAUAUUGGGCGAUUUUCGACGAAACAAAACUUCGAUUUUUCAAAGGUUGGAAGUUUUUGUUUUGUGUUGCCUAUUCGGUUAUCGUAGGAGCACAAUGGGGAUUAUCUAUGUAUUUUUUCAAUCAGAUGGAUGAUUAUACAGAUCAUUACAUGAGAGAAGAAUUGUUGUACAGAUAUGAUCUUACCAUUACCGAAAUCGCAAGGCUCUGUCUGGUUUCCUAUAACGAGGAUGGAUCACUUCGAUGGAGGAAUAACUCGAGCACAAUUGAUAUGACGAUUUUUAUGAUUGUCCAGUACACAAUAGUGAUCUACUGUGCCAUAGUAAUGUAUCAGAAAAUGGAGGAAAAGCUGAAAAUGUUAUCAGUUUCCUUGAGAAAUCUUCACAAACAGUUUUACAAAACUCUUCUUCUUCAAAUCUUCACCCCAACACUUUGCCUGUUUGCGCCUGUUGUAUUCAUUAUUUAUCUGCCACUUUUUGACUUGAAAAUCAGUAUUCCCACGGGAAUGUUUCUAUGCGCGUUCACUUUGUAUCCAGCUUUGGAUGCCAUGAUCGUCAUGUAUAUUGUCACAGAUUACAGAAACGCGGCGAAAAAGAUGCUGAAGAAAAUUUUCGAUUGGAUGUACAGUAUUCUUAGUUUGAAUGAGCUCCCAGAAAAUGGUACAACGACUGCUCAAACCAGAGAAACGGCUCUGGGAAGUAGAGUCUGGUCAUAA